UUACUCAGUCGGUUUAACAGCGUUAUCGUGUUUCGCGCGCGAUAUUUGAUUUAUUUAUAACCUUUCCUAAAACUUUAAAAUUGAUUGUAAGCUAAUUCUAAUGAAGUAAGUUGAAUAUUCCCAGUGCCGGUCUUAUUGUGAUACCUUGUGAUGUUUAAUCGUUAAUUUAUAAAGUGUGUCAAUAGUAGAAUACGAAAAUAUCAAUUUGUAACCUCAAAAAAAACUUAUUUUUAAGAAGAACUUUUAAAAUGUCCCUUUUAGUGCAUCUAGGAUCUGCUGUAGAUCACAUCAAACAACUUAAACUAGUACUAGCUGAAAGAAUCAGCUUUUCGACAACACAGAAGGUUGUUGUGGUCUCGGUGGCAGUUAGUCUGGGACUUUUAGGUAUUGCUCGUUCAAUGAAACGUAAAAAGCAGACAGUCGAUCCAACCAAAUACAGACGACAGUUGGGCAGAAGGUUAAGGUCUUCGGGCGUUAGGAGUCCCAACGGAGAUGUAAUUAGUUUAGCGAGUAGUGGUAGAAAAAGCCUAAGCUAUAGCACGUAUAGUGACAAACGGCACAAUUCUGUAGCUGCUGUCGGGAGUGAAAAGGGUGCUGGUAGUGUAGCUAGCGGAGGAAGUCUUAUUGCUGGCGACGGCGGUGUAACCACGCAUCUUUCACCUCAACAGCUGGGAGUUAUGGGCAUGGAAGCUUUAGAAACGAGUAUUAAUUACUGGGAGGACGCGCUCGCAGCAUAUCGAUCUAAUGAUAAGGGUGGUCCUUUGGCGGUGCUCGGACCUGAGGAGGCAGCGUUCUGUCGGGAUUUACAGCUACUGUUGGAGGCCGCUCUUGAACUUCAGGAGCGUUCAGAAUUACUAUUUCUGGACGAACGAUCAGUACUCUUUCAUCCCGGCAGUGGAGCGCCUAAAUCUCAAAAGGGCGUCGAUGGUGAUUUAUCUGGAGCCGAAAGUUUCGCUUCAGCUCAAGAUCAGGUCGCCGAUCUUCGCGAGUUUGAAGAGUUUUCCGAAAUAUUCCCCGACGUCGAAAAAUUACCGCUUUAUCAAGCAGCUCUAGUUCAAUUAGAAGAUGGCGGUAUACCUUGUCGCAGUUUAAGAACGGAAAUAGUGAAAUGUGGCUCGGAUAGUGAAUACUUAGCAAAAUUGCACUGUUUGCGUUUGGCAUUUCAGCACAUGCUUAGAGACAAAACGGUCUAUUUGUGGUUUGUCAAUUCGGGUAGGCAGAUUCUUGCCGAUUUAUUAUUGUACGCGGAUAAGGAUCCCAAAGAUUUUCUGAUGGGUUACGAAGAAAUGCUAAAAUUUUUGCAAACUUCGGUCAAUUGGCGGGAUGUGGAGACCGAACUGAGUUUGAAAGGGGUCAAGGCGCUUACUUUUUACGAUGUGGUAUUAGAUUAUAUUUUAAUGGACGCCUUUGAAGAUUUAGAGUCGCCCCCUAUGUCUGUUACUGCAGUCGUGCAAAACAGGUGGUUAUCAAACGGGUUUAAAGAAACAGCUUUGACGACGGCUUUGUGGUCUAUACUUAAGGCUAAAAGGCGAAUGUUAAAAUUUCCCGCAGGUUUUAUGUCACAUUUUUAUACUCUAAUGGAGCAGUUAUCUCCAUUGCUGGCUUGGGGGUUUUUAGGACCUGACGAAAGUCUUCGAGACACGUGUUUCUUUUUUAAAGAACAAGUAAUGGGGUUUUUAGUAGAUAUCUUUAAUUUUCAAAAAUGUAAGUAUACAACUGUAGAGGAACUCUCGAACGAUGUAUUAAAUAAUAUAAGGCAUAGAGUUGAUCUUAUUUCUCAACGACUAAGUGUUCAAGCAUAACUGUCAGGUGUUCUAGUUAGAUAUGAUUUAGAAUUUCUAUGCACAUGCAAAUAAGUGCAUAUGGUGGAACGCUUAUAUAAAACCGAUGAUGUAUUUUGGUAGGUAUCUUAAUUAGCUAUCUAAUUUUUAAUUUUUUUAAGUCUAGUUAUAAGAACAUUCCAACACAAAAAAGUAGCCAAAAUUGUGAGUAAAUGAUUUUCAUUGAACAAUAAAUUCUCAUGUGAUAUAUUUACUAUUGUAGAUUGUCAGAAUGUUUUAUUA